GCGCAGUGACGUAGUGAGUCCAGGCAGGUGACCCUCAGCCUCCGAUUGGUGCACGGGCGCGUCAGUUAGGCCCUCGGGACGCGCCCCUUUAUUGGGCGGGGUUUUCACAUACUGCACGUGGGCACUGCUUUGGCAGUUGGCAUCUAGUCGAAAGAAGGUUAUAGCAAGUGGGCACUGACCUCAGGGCAAAACUGAGUUUCUCAAGAUAGGAAGAAAGGCAAGGAGGCAGAGGGCAUGGCUGAGGGGCGAUAUGAGUACUUUGCAACUGUCUUUACCAAGGAAGAAGAUGCUGCCAAUGUCAUAGUGAAAGAGAAGAACACUUCAGUGCUCUCAGCUUCCAUCAUUGUGACUCUCCUUGGGAUGAUACUGCACCUCCAUUUAUUUAAAAUUGAUCAGGAGUCAGUACUGAUUAUUGGCUCAGUUGGAGUCCAGAUGAACACUUUGUAUGCCUCGGGCAGAGAGAGCGUGAGGUUCAUUGAGAUGAAGAAGGUGAAAGAUAUUGUGAUCAAUGAAGCCUUUUAUAUGCAGAAGGUUAUCUACUACCUGUGUAUACUACUGAUAGAUCCAGGAAACCCCAGAGGAGUUUCAGAAGUGGUACCAGUGUUUCAGAGUGCCAAACCACGUCUGGACUGUUUAUCCCAGGUGUACAGAAGCUGCCAGGAAAUCCUACAACAGACACAGGCAGAUCAGUGAAGUAGCUUCAAUCAAGUAACAGCCUCAUUCUUUCAGACAGAGCCUGGAUCGAUUGCCUGUGCUGCUGAAAUUUAUCAUCAAAGAAUGCUUUUUUAAAAUAGGUGUCUAAACUAAGCAACCACCCCAUCAAAGGAUUCUUCUGCAACUAACUGUGGCAGCAAGGCUUUGAAGAAGAGGACAUUUCCCACUGCUCUCAUAAAGUCAAGGAGAUGGUCCCAACAGAUAGCAAGCAUCAGUUCACCGUCAAUUGGUAUCACUGCACAUUUGAAACUACAUCUUUGUUCUUGAGGCACUUCAUAAAGAAGAACUUUGGGCAACACAUUUUAAGUGCAAAGCUUUAGAUGUACAACAGGUGAAUGAGCAACAGCCUGAAGGUUCUUUGUCACAGCGGCAUUGAUAGAGAAACAAUUGUCUUGAUAGAGCACCUUUCACAAUCAUGGAACGUGUCAAAACACUACACAGCCAGUGAAGUACUUUUGAAGUGUAGUCAUUAUUGUAAUUUAGGAAAUACAGCAGCCAGUUUGCUUGCAGCAAUGUGAUAAAGACCCAAUAGCCUGUUUUAGUGUUGUUGUUUGAGGGGUAAAUGUUGGCCAGGACAUCAGGGAGAACACCCUUGAUUGUUUUUGAAAUAGGAUCAUGGGAUCUUUUAUAUCCUCCUGAGAGAGCAGCUGGGGCCUUGGUUUAAUGUCUCAACCAAAAGCUGUACUGCAGUGGAAUGUCAGCCUGGAAUUAGUGAUCAAGUCUCUGAUGUGGAAUUGAAAACACGACGUUCUGACUUAGUAAUAGAAUGCUAUUACUAAACUAAUAUCUAUCACUGGUAAUAAUCAGCAACAGGAUUUCUUUCUGGAGACCUGUACCUGAUGCCUCAUUCAGUAUUGUCCAGUGCAGUAUUGGACAAUUUUAUUGUUAUACAAUCAGCCCCACAAUUAUUUAUAAAUAGGUUAAUGGAGGGGCUCAGUUUUAAGGCUGAUUUUUUAUGUACUGGUAGGCAGAUGCAAGUUAGCCAGCGAGUGAGCAUUAGAAGAUUUACUAACUUCAGCCAGUGACCAUAUGGUCACUGGGACCAAGAAGCAUCCAGGAUGUACUGAAUGAUCAUGGUCUUGAACUUAGUGUGUGAUAUUUUUGGUGAUGUAGUGCUUUGCAAGAUUAGCUUCUCUAGUGAUUUGAAAGGUAUGAAAACACUGGAAGUGACUGCAGGAGCUCCGUGUAUGUAAACAAGAAACCAGACACUCAAUUUGCGCCGGCAUUUCGUCCAAGUUGCUGCACCCAAUUUCCAGACAGCAGUAAUCCUCAGUUUUAUUUUUGAAGUGAAAUGGAGAAGCUUAACAUUCUUGAUUAGUUCACCUUUAUUCUGUACAAAUCAGCUGGUCCUUACUCAUCAAUAAACGUUUAUUCUAAAA